CCCUCAUCCUCCAAGAUGGCUGAGGGGGGCUCUCCUUGCCAUUGGGCUCCCGUGAAUGACGAAAGUUGCUCUGCGGAUUCAGAAGAGCCUUUGGAUUUGUCUGGAGAAGCCGCAAGAACCAGGCAGGGCGUCCUGGAAGAAGCAGCCACCGGCUGGGUUGUCCAUCGUUGCCCUUUCAGGGAGCUCUGUUACCAGGAGGCUGAGGGACUCCGCGGAGUCUGCAGCCGACUCCACCAGCUUUACGGUCAAUGGCUGAGGCAAGAAUGCCGCCUGAAAGCUCAGAUGCUGGACCUGGUGGUCCUGGAGCAGUCCCUGGCCAUCCUGCCCCCAGAGAGGGGGAGCUGGGUCUGGACGUCUGGAGCAGAGGCCGGGUCCCAGGCGGCGGCCCUGGCCGAGGGCUUCCUCCUGAGCCAUGCGGAGCAGAAGAUACAGCGAAAGGAGCAGGUGCAUGAGCUCUUCAUGGAGGUGGCCACCCAAGCUCCUAAAGCAUUAGGGGAUGCGUCAUAUCCCCCUCAGGAACUAUUUUUGGGGGGGAUCUCCCAGGAGGACCCAUCUCAGGAUCCACCAUCAGAAUGUGGAACAACGGUGAUGAUACUGGUGGAAAUGUCUCCUCUUUGUGGUGGAGCAGAAACAGCGGUUGUACUUCCAACUCAGGUUCCCGUGUCCUUUGAAGAUGUAACUGUGUUUUUCUCUGAGGAGGAGUGGUCUCUGCUGGAUUUUGACCAAAAAUCCCUGUACAGAGAGGUCAUGCUGGAAAAUGCUAAGAAUGUAGAUUCCAUGGUUGACAGAAAGGACACUGAGGAUUAUAAAGAACCAGGUGCGAAAUCUUUGCAAAGAACUGAAACUGGAGAAGGGAUAUUGGAAAAUCAGCUGGACCCAAACAAGCCUGAGGAAAACCAGUUAAACAAUAGGAUGGAGAAAUCCUCUCUUUUUCACUAUGGAGAAAACCACACCUUUCGUACCCAACAUCACAAAGAAAAAGGAUGCUGUUUAGAGGGUGGGAAAAUAUUCAGCAAUAAAUCAGACGUAUAUGAAUAUAGCAGAACCCACACCAAACAGAAGCAGCUUGACUGCCGGGAACAUGGAAAAAAUAGUGGCUUGAAUCUCUCUCUUACUUUACGUCAAAGCAUCAAGAUAGAAGAACCAUAUAAAUGUCCAGAGUGUGGGAAAAGCUUUAAUGAGAGCAGUACUUUUAACGCCCAUAAAAGAAUCCAUAGAGUGGAGAAGUCAUAUAAAUGCACAGAGUGCAGACAGAGUUUCUAUACAAGCAAUGAUCUUACUUUGCAUAAAAAGGCCCAUGCGGGAAAGAAACCAUAUAAAUGCAUGGAAUGCGGAAAGAGGUUCAAUAUGAGUAGUGAUCUUACUUCCCAUAAAAGGAUCCACACAGUGGAGGAGCCAUAUAAAUGCAUGAAAUGUGGAAAGAGCUUUACUCAGAACAGUCAACUUACAUCCCAUAAACAGGUCCACACAGGGGAGAAGCCAUACAGAUGCACGGAGUGUGGAAAGAGAUUCACCACAAGUGGUUCCCUUACUUCCCAUAAAAGGAUCCACAUGGGGGAGAAACCAUAUAAGUGCAUGGAUUGUGGAAAGAGUUUCAGUAUGAGCAGCAACCUUACUUCCCAUAAAAGGAUACACACAGGGGAGAAACCUUACCAAUGCAUGGAGUGUGGAAAAAGCUUCAGUAUGAGCAGCAACCUUACUUCCCAUAAUAGGAUCCACACGGGGGAGAAACCAUAUCAAUGCAUGGAAUGCACAAAGAGCUUCAGGGACAUGAGUUCUUUUACUUCUCAUAAAAGGUUCCAUACAGGAGAAAAACCAUAUAAAUGUAUGGAGUGUGGAAAAAGCUUCACCACAAGCGGUUCCCUUACUUCCCAUAAUAGGAUCCACACAGGGGAGAAACCAUAUAAGUGCAUGGAAUGUGGGAAGAGUUUCAGCCAGAGCACUUCCCUUACUUCCCAUGAAAGGAUCCAUACAGGGAUGAAACCAUAUCAAUGCAUGGAGUGCGGGAAGAAAUUCAGUGCAAGCAAUGAUCUCCUUUCCCAUAAAAGGAUCCACACGGGGGAAAAACCAUUUAAAUGUGUAGACUGUGGAAAGAGCUUUACAAUGAGACGUGGUCUUACUUCCCAUAAUAGGAUCCACACAGGGGAGAAACCAUAUAAAUGCAAGGAGUGUGAAAAGAGCUUUAGAAGUAGGAGUGAUCUUAUUUCUCAUAAAAGGAUCCACACAGGGGAGAAACCUUAUCAAUGCAUGGAGUGCGGAAAAAGCUUCAGUUGGAGCAGUAACCUUACUUCCCAUAAAAGGAUCCACACGGGGGAGAAACCAUAUAAGUGCAUGGAGUGUGGAAAGAGUUUCAGCCAGAGCACUUCCCUUACUUCUCAUGAAAGGAUCCAUACAGGAAUGAAACCAUAUCAAUGCAUGGAGUGCGGAAAAAGUUUCAGUACAAGCAGUGAACUAAUUUCCCACAAAAGGAUCCACACAGGAGAGAAACCGUAUAAAUGCACAGAGUGUGGAAAGAGCUUCCGCAAGAGUAUUGAUCUUAUUUCUCAUGAAAGGGUCCACACAGGGGAAAAGCCAUAUAGAUGCAUGGACUGUGGAAAGGGGUUCAGCCAACACAGAAAUCUUACCUGCCAUAAAAGGAUCCACACAGGAGAGAAGCCAUAUAGAUGCACAGACUGUGGAAAGAGCUUCACCACGAGUGGUUCCCUUACAUCCCAUAAUAGGAUCCACACAGGGGAGAAACCAUAUAAAUGCAUGCAGUGUGGGAAGAGUUUCAGCCAGAGCGCUUCACUUGGUUCCCAUGAAAGAAUCCACACAGGGGAGAAACCAUAUCAAUGCAUGGAUUGUGGAAAGAGCUUCAGUCAAAGCAGUCAUCUUACCUCCCAUAGGAAGAUCCACUCAGGGGAGAAGCCGUAUAAAUGCACAGACUGUGAAAAGAGCUUUCAUACAAGCAGUUCCCUGAUUUCACAUAAGAGGAUCCACUCUGGCGAGAAGCCAUAUCAUUGCAUGGAUUGUGGAAAGAGUUUCAAUACAAGCAGUUCCCUGACUUCACAUAGGAGGAUCCACACGGGAGAGAAACCAUAUCAGUGCACGGAGUGUGGAAAGAGUUUCAGUCACAACACUUCCCUCUCUUUUCAUAAAAAGGUCCACACAAGGGAGAAACCAUAUAAAUGUCCAGAGUGUGGGAAAAGCUUUAAUGAGAGCAGUACUUUUAACGCCCAUAAAAGAAUCCAUAGAGUGGAGAAGUCAUAUAAAUGCACAGAGUGCAGACAGAGUUUCUAUACAAGCAAUGAUCUUACUUUGCAUAAAAGGACCCACACAGGAAAGAAAUCAUAUAAAUGCAUGGAAUGCGGAAAGAGGUUCAAUAUGAGUAGUGAUCUUACUUCCCAUAAAAGGGGAAGUACAGGGGAGGAGCCAUGUAAAUGCAUGGACCAUGGAAAGAGCUUUACUCAAAACUCUCAAUUUACCACCCAUAAAGGGAUCCAAACAGGGGAGAAACGUUUUAAAUGUGUGGACUGUGGAAAGACCUUUAGAACGAGAGGUCAACUUACUUCUCAUCAAAGGAUCCACACGGGUGAAAGACCAUAUAAAUGCAUGGAAUGUGGAAAGAGUUUCAGCCAGAGCAAUUCCCUUACUUCUCAUGAAAGGAUCCAUACAGGGAUGAAACCAUAUCAGUGCAUGGAGUGCAGAAAGAGAUUCAGUACAAGCAGUGAACUAAUUUCCCAUAAAAGGAUCCACACAGGAGAGAAACCAUAUAAAUGCACAGAGUGUGGAAAGAGCUUUACUCGAAGCAGUCAACUUACGUGCCAUAAAAGAAUCCACACAGGGGAGAAGCCAUAUAGAUGCACCAACUGUGGAAAGAGCUUCACCACAAGUGGUUCCCUUACUUCCCAUAAAAGGAUCCACACGGGGGAGAAACCAUAUAAGUGCAUGGAAUGUGGGAAGAGUUUCAGCCAUAGCACUUCCCUUACUUCCCAUGAAAGAAUCCAUACAGGGAUGAAACCGUAUCAAUGCAUGGAGUGCGGGAAGAGGUUCUGUAGAAGCAGUGAUCUCAUUUCCCACAAAAGGAUCCACACAGGAGAGAAACCAUAUAAAUGCACAGAGUGUGGAAAGAGCUUCCGCAGGAGUAUUAAUCUUACUUCUCAUAAAAGGAUCCACUCAGGGGAGAAACCUUAUCAAUGCAUGGACUGUGGAGUGAACUUCCGUCAGAGUGGUCAACUUACUUCCCAUAAAAGAAUCCACACAGGAGAGAAACCUUAUCAGUGCCUGGACUGUGGAAAGAGUUUUAGAGCCUUGAGUUCCUUUAUUUCCCAUAAGAGGAUCCACUCAGGGAAGAAGCCAUAUAAAUGCAUGGAAUGUGGAAAACGCUUCAUUAACAGCAGUGAUCUUACAUCCCAUAACAGGAUUCACAGUGGGGAGAAACUGUUUAAAUGCAUGGAGUGUGGGAAGAGCUUCAAUACAAGCAGUCACCUUACCUCCCAUAAAAGGAUCCACACAUAGAACCAUAGAAGUGCAUGGAAUGUGGAAAGGGAUUCAGCCAGACCACUUCCCUUAGUUCCAAUGAAAGGAUCCAUACAGGGAUAAAGCCAUAUCAAUGUACUGAGUGCAGAAAUAGCUUAUUAACAGCAGUCUUAUUACUUCCCAUAAGGGGAUACACUCGGGAGAAGCCAUAUCAAUGCACAGACUGUGGAAAGAGUUUCAGUACAAGCAGUUCCCUGACUUCCCAUAAGAGGAUCCACAUGGGAGAGAAACCCUAUCAGUGCGAGGAGUGUAGAAAGAGUUUCUGUCAUAACACUUCCCUUUUUUUUUUUUCAUAAAAGGAUUCACACAAGGGAGAUCCCACCUGCUGGCAUAUAAUAUGGAAGGAGCUUCUUUCAGAUUAGUGAACUUCUCGUAAAAGGGGGAGAGGCCACAUGCGUGCAUCCAGGGUGGAAAGAACUUUAGUGAUUCCAUUUCUGAUGGAAUGCCAAAAUGGAAAGGAGGUGGAUUAUGAUUAGAGAAAAGGAGUUAGAGUGGAGGAAGGGGAAGAGAAGGGAUAAGAUGAAGGAGAUUACAGGAAAGCUUUGGAAGAGCUUCAAGUUACUACAAGAGGGAGGCCAAGAUCUUGUCUGUGUAGUAGGCACAGUGUAGCUGGAUUUGAUGGCACCUAACUAAGCAUAUACCCCAAAUAUCCCAUCUGCAGUGAGAUAUUAGGGAUGCCCAGAUUUUAUUAAACCGUUAACUGAAUGGAGGGUGAGUUUUUUUCCUUCCUAAUCAUUACCUUUGAGUUGGUUUGGGGAUGCUGAUUUACAGUUUCUUUGGGAAGAGAUGUCUGUGUUGAAUAUGCCUGGGGAAGAGAUAUAGAUGGCUACAAACAGGUGUUUAUGGAUUUGAGCAUUAGCCAGCCCUCAAUCCUAAUCCUAACCCUGGGUUUGGGCAACUGUUGUUUAUCCCUGCUUGUUUGCAAAUUUAACUAUUUAUCCAAUGCCUUAAGGUGGACCUCUCUCUCUUUUCUUCCUUUCUGUAUCCACUUAUCUUUUCUUCUGGUCAUACACCUCCAGUCCUUUUCCUCUCUGCAUUUCUUCCCCCCCCCCAUUUCCAGUAAAAUUUCCCCUUCCCCAUUCUCUUGCAUUUUUGUUGUUUCUGUUGGAAGACAGCAAGGGCAUGUUUGGGUGUGAGAGAUAAUGGUUGGUGUAUGUAAAUUAGAAUCAGUUUGCUUCCUUAUUUUAAUGGCAAUUACAUUUUAUUAAAUUUUAUUUACAUUA